AUGCAUGAGUUGAGGAAUUUCUCUGACGAUGAGCAACGUUUGCUCCCUGCCGACGACUAUGCAUUCCCACAGAAGCAGUCUCAUGCCACCACUCGCCCACUUCUCGCCAUACAGGGCCCAGGCCGUCGAUAUUGGUUCCGAUCACUGGUGCUGAUUUUGUGUCCUUUGAUCAUUGUGGGAUACUUUGUUGUCAUUUGUUACUGGCUCAACCGUGAAGGUGGUGACAGCGCUGUCAAUUUCGGCAGACAUGGAGGAAGAUGGGUUUUCUACUCUUGGUUCUUCAUUGGCGUCAUCGGACUUGACCUCUCGCGAUAUGGUCUCCUCGGAGCUGAAGCAGCAAUGCUUGAGCGGACACGCUGGGAGGUGCCCAACCUUGUCGCCCUACUUCAGCACAGCAACAAUACUUGGAGCUCUCCUUCAGGAUGGGGUCGCUUUUUUGCGAGGCUGUUCCUUCGCAAGAGGCGAGACACACAUCGCCUAUGGAUCAUACUUGCUUCUCUGAGCAUCGUCUUUUUCGUCGCCUUGCCCAUCUCUGGUCUUGCAAUCGAGCAAGCCGAUGGUUACACCUACACAUCCGGAAGACCUACAGUGGUUGGCCGCAAAUGGGAAAAUUUUCAUGCCAGAGACAAAAAUCACUACUAUCCAAAUGCGAAAAUUGCUUGGGAGGCUGGUGCACCUCCUCAGGUCCCUGGAUUCGGUGUUCUUUACACUCAAAAAGGCCUCGAUCGGGAAGAGUACGAUGGGCUCGCGAAAGUUCCCAACACUCUCCCCCUCAACGAAAGCAUGCCCGAAGUAUUUCUCGCGCCUCAAGCUGAAAAUCCCGUGGCAGACAAGGCAUGGGGUCUGAUAGCAAGCUAUCGGUGCGAGAUUAUUGACAAUGUCGACGAUUUCGUUCUUCUCAACCCGAAAGUCACGCCCGACGCCUGGAAGGACUGGGGGUCACAUCGAGACUCGGAAGCAGGUUACUCUGAAGUCACUCAACGUGGCCGCGGUAUCUUUGACUAUUUCGAAGCGGCUGGCAACAUCCUGGCUUAUGGCCAAGUUGCGUUUGGCCAGAAAUGGACAGCCUACAACGGAAGCGAGGUGGACUACUACAAACCCGAUGACUUGGACAACGGUGACCUCCUGGAGUAUGCUCUCUGGCAAUAUCGUAUCCCACCCUCGUACAAGGAAAUCGAAGACUUUUCCGAUGACCUUGAUCCCACCAUCGAAGGCUUCGAUGGUAACCCUAUCGUCAAGGCAUCCAAUGGUUCAUGGGUUCCAAACACAACAUUCUUCGGCACGCUUUCCAAAACCCAAAACAACAUGUCCGAUACCACGAACCUUUUUGGGGACCACGGACCGUUCAAUACGAGCAUCGCAGGGUAUAACAUUACCCAUUUCGCUGCACCUAUUGGCGUCCAGUGCAGAACGAUGUCGACUCUCGGAUACGCCAUGUUGGACCCCUGGGAUUCUACCUUUAGCUCGUUUGAGCCGAUGAGUGACCCUCUCUUCAACUUUAACAUUACCGUGAGCCGCGCGCCGACACUCGGCGCCAUGGCCGCUACUACACUGCACAGAGGACGAUACAGCAAGAUAUUUUCUUCUCUCAACCACCCUGCGGCAAUCAUACAGUCAAAUUCUCAUGCCUAUGAUGGGUAUAUUAAGCCCAUGGAUCUAAAGAGGACCGUCAUGCGGGCGUAUGCCAUGGAUUUGUUACAGCUCAUGUACGACGGCAAGUACGGCUUCGAAGGCGGCUGGGAACACCCGAACCUUACCGCGACGGAAGAGUCAAAGGUACUCACACUGGGUGAAUUUCCGAUCCUGGUACCUAUUCUAAUGGUGAUGUUCGGUUACUGGGCCCUUGGGUGCCUUCUGUUGGGAAUCUUUUACGGGUUCAGACGGCGACAAAAUGAGACGAUGGAUGGGUAUGCGUACUUCCGACUUUCUACGGACUUGGCGGAUGAUGUCAAGCCACUGGUUGGCGCUUUGAUGAAUAACAAGCCUGAUGAGAUUGAUGGCUUGUGGAAUGUUCCGGGGUCUAUUAAACACGCGGUGAUUGUCUGA